ACGAGCUGUGCUUCAUGUGAACAGGGCGGAGCUGAAGGUCCUCACUGUACUCAAGGACAUUUGCUCUCCAACAGCUGUGUCGUCUUUCAAAAGACACAGCAACAAGUAGGCUAUAUGAGACUUCAGCCCCCCGAAUAAAAACAAGGAGCUCUCCCCAUCAUGGCAGAGUGCAGAGUUCACCAUCACCGGACCGAAUCCUGCCAUUGAACAUCACACAUAUGAAAUCCGCAGCUCGAGAUAAAGCCCAUAUGACGCAGCAGGGCUCUCCACGGCACUGAUGCCAUAUUAAACCCGCCGCCCUCCACCCACACCAUCAAUCUGAUGUGGAGAUCGAAGAUAGGAGGGCUCACAUGACUCCACUCCAGACUGGAAGGCGAGGAGAAGUGUGGCAUCUUCCAGCAUCAGCACUGCCACAGCUGGCACAGCUCAUCCAUGCGUUCUCCCGAUAACCGCGCACAAUAGGAGGAGGAAAUAUCCACGCUUUUCCCUGGAUUUGGAUCUGAGUCUGCGGAUGAGCAGCGAUGGGGGAAUGGACCAUACUAGAGAGGCUCUUGGAGGCUGCUGUCCAGCAGCACUCCACUAUGAUCGGGAGGAUCCUACUAACUGUGGUGGUGAUCUUCCGGAUCCUAAUCGUAGCUAUAGUGGGAGAGACGGUGUAUGACGACGAGCAGACCAUGUUCGUGUGUAACGCCUUACAGCCGGGCUGCAACCAGGCGUGUUACGACAAAGCGUUCCCCAUAUCGCACAUCAGAUAUUGGGUCUUUCAGAUCAUAAUGGUCUGCACGCCGAGUCUGUGCUUCAUCACCUACUCGGUCCAUCAGUCGGCCAAGCAGAAGGAGCGGCGCUACUCCACCGCCACCGUCUUCCUCACGCUGGACAACAAGGAGCAGGAUUCCCUGAAACGAGAGGAGGCCAAGAACCAAAAGAUCAAGAACACCAUCGUGAACGGAGUACUGCAGAACUCGGAGAACUCCACCAAAGAUCCCGAGCCCGACUGCAUGGAGGAGAAGGAGCUGACCAGCUCGGGCAAGAAGCCGGGCAAGUCCAAAAUGAGGCGUCAGGAGGGCAUCUCCAGGUUUUACAUCAUUCAGGUGGUGUUCAGAAACGCUCUGGAAAUCGGCUUCCUGGUGGGCCAGUAUUUCUUGUACGGAUUCAACGUGCCCGCCGUGUACGAGUGCGACCGCUACCCGUGCAUCAAGGAGGUGGAGUGUUACGUGUCCAGGCCCACGGAGAAAACCGUGUUCCUCGUCUUCAUGUUCGCGGUCAGCGGCUUUUGCGUGGUCCUCAAUCUGGCCGAGCUCAAUCACCUGGGCUGGAGGAAGAUCAAAACGGCCGUGAGGGGCGUGAGGGCGCGCAGAAAGUCCAUCUACGAGAUCCGGAACAAGGAUUUGCCCCGGAUGAGUAUGCCCAACUUCGGCCGCACUCAGUCCAGUGACUCCGCCUACGUUUAAGCGCGCGC